AUGACAUUUUCUCCAAACAUAAACUUCAUCCUUCAUCGGUCGUCGCGCAGAUUAUUAAGGGUCGCCUUAUCUGCUGCAUACAGCAGGGCGGAUAAUCGAAAACAUGCUACUACUGGCGUCUCCCUUCUUUCUUUUCCACCUUUUUCUCUUUUUCCCAUCCCAACCCCCAUUACUAACCUUCCUUCUAUAAUUCCCAGCUUAAUUGACAGCAACCGAAAUGCCACUGGAGUAGAACCAUCUGCAGCUACCAUCCCACCACACCUAUCGGACGCCUAUCGACAAAAGUCCCUUAUAAGGCCACG